AUGUCGUUGGUACGUGCUACAUUCCUACCUAGAAAGCAAGUGUUAAGCUUGCUCGCCCGAGGGUACAGCAGCUCUGGAGAUGCCGAUCUUGUUGUAAUUGGUGGAGGACCAGGAGGAUAUGUUGCUGCCAUCAAGGCUGCUCAACUUGGAAUGAAGACUGUCUGUGUCGAAAAGAGCAGCACUUUGGGAGGAACAUGUCUUAACGUUGGCUGCAUUCCUUCCAAAGCUUUACUUAACAAUUCUCACUACUACCACAUGGCAAAACACGAUUUCGCAGCAAGAGGCAUUGAUUGUACCGCUACUCUCAAUCUUCCAAAGAUGAUGGAAGCUAAGGCUAACUCUGUAAAGCAGCUUACUGGGGGAAUUAAGCAACUGUUCAAGGCUAACAAAGUCGGACACAUUGAGGGACAUGGAUCCAUCACUGGAGCUAACCAGGUUUCUGUCAAGAAGGCUGAUGGAUCUGUAGAGGUUGUUAAUACUCGUAACAUCUUGAUCGCUACUGGAUCAGAAGUUACUCCUUUCCCAGGUAUUCCAAUCGAUGAAGAACAGAUUGUGUCUUCCACUGGAGCUCUUUCUCUCAAAGCUGUUCCAAAGAAGAUGGUCGUUAUUGGAGCUGGAGUAAUCGGACUUGAACUCGGAUCUGUAUGGCAACGCUUAGGUGCUGAAGUAACUGCUGUUGAAUUCUUAGGACAUGUUGGUGGAAUGGGAAUCGACAUGGAGGUUUCCAAAACAUUCCAGCGAAGUCUUACUAAGCAAGGUUUCAAGUUUCUUCUCAACACCAAGGUUAUGAACGCCACCAAGAAUGGAAAUAGCAUUGUUGUCGAAGUUGAAGGAGCCAAGGAUGGAAAGAAGCAAACGUUGGAAUGCGAUACAUUGCUUGUUUCUGUAGGUCGCAGACCUUACACUCAGAAUUUGGGAUUAGACAGUGUUGGUAUCCAGUUGGACGAGAGAGGAAGAGUCCCUGUUAACAAUCGCUUCCAAAGCAAAGUUCCCUCAAUCUUUGCUAUUGGUGAUGUGAUUCAAGGACCUAUGCUUGCUCACAAAGCAGAAGAUGAAGGUAUCAUCUGUGUCGAAGGUAUUGCCGGAGGACCUGUUCAUCUUGAUUACGACUGUAUCCCUUCUGUCGUAUAUACUCAUCCAGAGGUAGCCUGGGUAGGAAAGUCUGAAGAGCAAUUGAAACAAGAGGGAGUCGCUUUCAAAACUGGAAAGUUCCCAUUCGUUGCCAACUCUCGUGCUAAAACCAAUAAUGAUCAAGAAGGAUUCGUAAAGGUUCUCGCCGAUAAGGAAACUGAUAGAAUGCUCGGAGUUCAUAUUAUCGGACCAAAUGCUGGAGAAAUGAUUGCCGAAGCCACUCUCGCUCUUGAAUAUGGAGCCUCUUCCGAAGAUGUUGCCAGAGUCUGCCAUCCUCAUCCAACUCUCUCGGAGGCUUUCAGGGAAGCCAACCUUUCCGCUUACUGUGGAAAGGCUAUUAACAACGUCUAA